UAUUUUGCAACCUGUAACAGGGAAAGCUGUGCCUUUCCCUGCAAAUACCCCAUCCACUCCUAUCCCCUGCCUGCAGCUGUGCUGGGCCCAUGUCAGUCCCCAGGUGGGGCUUGUGCUGCCAUUGCUGGGGGCACCUGUGGGCUAUAAAUGUGGGGAGGGUGGAUUUUCCUUGUGGUGCUGCCCUAGGUGUGGAGGGUGCAGGGGGUGUGCUGGCCUGGGGAGCAGGAUCUGGCAGGAGUCCAAACCGCUGACCAUCCCAUGUUGUGCUAUGUGCUCUAUGGAUGGCAGAAGUUGCAGCAUCACUGUGAGACAGGAGGUCUGGCGCUGGGUGGUGGUGCAAGUUCCUUCAGAAAGGAGGGGCAAGUCACGGCUGUAGCAUUUUAAACCCUCAAUUGCCUCACUAAUCUUCUUUUGACACGUGUUCCCAGUGCCGUUUCCUUUACCCUAAUUCAGCUGUGGUGUGAGUUACAGAUAAAGAAUGGCUUAUUCUUCUUCAACACGGGACUUUGUUGCACUUUCAGAUCUGCAUCCAAAUCUUGCUCGUCCUAGUGUAAUCGGUGUGGUUAUUGGGAAAACAGAUGUCAGAAGCUUUCCAGACAGAAAAAACAUUGGGUCCGAAAGAUACACCUUCAGCUUUACUAUUCGUGAUUCACCGACUUAUUUUAUAAAUGUAAAUUCUUGGGGCAGAGAAGAAUAUAUUAGAUCACUUUCAGAAAGCUUUAGAGUUGGUGAUUGUGUUACAAUUGAAAAUCCUUUAGUUCAGUCAAAGGAAGCGGAAAGAGAAGAAAAAUUCAACCCUGUAACUCCUAGUUGCUACAAAUUAUUGCUCAGUGAAAAUCAUUCAGUCGUCAAAACAUCUUCAUGUUAUGAAAUGGACACCAAACUACUUUCUCUGUUGCAUCUGCCCGUCAAGGACCCUCAGGACUAUUAUUCGCUGGGUGAUAUCGUUGCAAAUGGACAAAGCCUUGAGGGAAGAAUCCUUAACGUGCUCGCGGCUGUGAUGUCGGUUGGGGAGCCAAAGUAUUUUGUGACUUCAGACAAAAGAAAAGGUCAGAGGUGUGAAGUAAAGCUGUAUGACGAAACAGAGAUGUCUUUUCCAUUAGUAUGUUGGGAUAAUGAAUCUAUCCAGCUUGCACAGAGUUGGAUCCCACGAGAAACAGUAAUAUUUGCAUCAGAUGUGAGAAUAAAUUUUGACAAAUUUAGGAACUGUAUGACUGCAACUGUGAUAUCAAAAACCAUCAUUACAACUAAUCCAGAAACAGCAGAAGCAAAUGCUCUCUUCAGCUUCAUAAAAGAGAGUGUGCAGUCAGGAGCUUUGCUUGAUAAAAUGGAGGAGCAGUCAAAAGAACCCAUUAACUUGGAGACCGUAGUUGAUGUUUAUACUGUGGAACAGCUGAAAGAAAAAGCUUUACAGAGUGACGGGAAACCUGAUCCAAUCUAUGGAAUUAUUUAUGGCUACAUUUCUACACUGGACAUUGACGACAAUGCAUCUAAAAUUAUUCGCAACAGAUGUUCAAUAUGCCGUUUUCUGGUGAACGAGGUGUCAAACACGUGUACCUUCUGCAGUGACAUCUCUCCGGGUUCCAAGUCAACUUUUGCAAGCUUUGACAUACUGGUUGAUGUGACAGAUCACACGGGCACCCUUUAUUCCUGUUACCUGUCUGACUGUGUAGCUGAGGAAACAUUAGGCUGCACAGUCCACGAGUUCCUCAUGCUAACAGAAGACAAGAAAACUGCGUUGAAAUGGCAACUUCUUUUGGAACGAAGCAAGAUUUAUUUUAAAGUUAUUUUGUCACCCAGCUGGAGAAGUGGACUCAAAAUGAAUGUCCUCUCCUGCAAACUGGCAGACCCUGUAGAGGCCAGUCAGAGCUUGUUGGGAAAAGAGACUGAAAAUAAGAGAUUACACCAUAUGGCUUGAGAACAGCCAGGAAAAAGACCAUUUCCUCACUGCAUUAUUGGAGGUAGAAUGAUGUUAUCAUUGUAUUUUGCUGAGCAUGUUCUGAUGGUAAAGAAGGAAUAUGCAUUACUAACCCCUGUAAGUAGGCUGGUUUGAUCUUUUUCAGGUGAUUGUAUUUUAAAAAGUGCAAUAGGGCCUCAAGCUAAGAAAAGUUAGUUCUGCCCCCAGUACAAGGGGCAUGGAAGCGUUCUUUGCUCAGUUUAGAAUAUAUUUUAAAUCAGAAAUAGCAAAUAGUACAUGACAGAUCUGUUGAGCUUGUGUGCUUUUCACUGCCUUGCUACUUCAAUUCUACUUCUGUUUUAGUUUAAAAAAUAAAGACCCACUUUGAAA